CCAGAUGCACUGCAGGGAAACAAGCUGACUGAAAUCCACAACUUCAGAGUAGACCACACAACUUCUGAAAGAAGUCACCUUACUUAGGAAAAAGUUCCUUGCUCAUCUAGGAAGAUUUCAGGUGCUUCGUAUGUGAUUUGCUUUUUUUUGCCAACACAAUGAAGGAAAUGUCCUGCUUCUGCACGACUUUUUCUUCCUUGUUGGAACAGAUGGUGAAGGCUUACAAAUACAUGACUGGUAUUUUUUCAGUGACUCAUACCUCAGAGCAACAGGCUUCAGAUCGUCAUAAGCAGCCAACCAAGAUGGAUGUAAGCUUACUUGAGGAGCAGUAUGACCAUAUAAAACAGAAGCAAAAACUGCAAUCGCACAUUAUUGUAUUUAAAACAGGUGAACAUGAAUCUGUUCUCCCAGAAUCAAUGGUCAAUGCUGUUUUAAUUAAUAAAAAAGUUAGAAGAUCAAAGUCAUUUACAGAAUGCGUUCCUGUCAGAAAGGUCAGUCUGAAGAUGGCCAGCGAUGGCAGCAUCCAAGACAACUCACCGUGGCGUACCCACCUGGGAAUUCACCGCCUGGCACAAGCCCCUUGUCAAGGAGCUCCCUGGGAUCAUUCCCACUGCAACAACAGGCCAUUCAGUUUUGACAACCAGAGACUGAUUCCAAAGGAAAACGGCACACUGCAACCCAAGGAAUCAGAAGGAGAAAGUGAACUAUUCGCGCCCAGUCAACUGGGAAGUUCGAGCACGUUGAAAGGUUUCAGCAAAGAGAAUGGCAGCAACAUUGCAAGCACCUGCCCAAAGCCUCCACUGAAAUCAGCCACUUCAGCAGGUCGGACACAUCAACUUACUUCUUCUACAAAAUGCAGGCCAGCCUGCAACAAACUGAACUUUUACCCUUUCCCUAUAAAAAGGGGCCCAGAAUUUCUGAAGCAGCAAGGAGGCUUGGAUUAUACGUCUCACAAUGAAGACAUUCUGUACUGCAGAAAACUUAUGGCAAAACCUUGACUAAAACUUAAAAUAGCAAAAUAGUCUUCCUAGUUACACUGGUCAACCCGCUGAGGGUCUACUAUUUUUAUUAGCCAAGGAAGAUCCUUACUAUAUGAUCUGUUGUUUUACAGUACAGCGUAAAAUGAGAUGUUCUCAUGAAGAUGCUGGGCUGCAGUGACAGAUACUCACUUCUGUCAUUUC